UACAGUAUACAAGGACACUCCACCAAAGACUCAUAGAUUGUGUUAACUUGUGGCAUACUACAAUGUCUAAAAGACUGGAGUUAAGCCACGAUGGACAUGACGAAUGUGAUGAAGACAUUAGACCUGAUACCAGACAUUUUAACCAUGGACAUGAAGAAAACAGUGAAGAGUUAGACAUGCUGUCUACCAAACAGUGGCAGAAAGAUGGCAUGAAUGAAAUUGAUGAGGAUACUAUCAAAAAGUCAGAAGCGCAAAAUACGAAAUCUUUACUGGGCAUAAUUGACACGUACGACAGACCAGCGAGUGCCAAUGCAGAAGGAGGUUAUGCUGAACAAGGCUUAUAUGCAUCAGGUUUUGAAAACAAACCAGGAAAGAGGCUUCCCAAGGCUGGAUACCUUGCAGAAGCAGGAGUUGGACGAGCUCGUGCUGAAUACAGUAUAUUUGAGGCUGAAGCCAAAGGUCCAAGUGCCUCAUUUGGUGUCGAAGCCAAAGAGGGUAAACUCGGAGCAAUGGCUCGAGCUGAAAUCGCCAGUGCAUCAGCUAAAGCCGGUCCAGUUGGUGUGAAAGUGGGACUAGGCUUUGACACAGGUGCAUCUAUUGGUUUGGGUGGGGUGGAGGCCAAAAUCCUUGGAUUUGGAUUCUCAUUUGGUUCAAAGAUGGGAGUAUCCUUGCUGGGUUCAGAAGUGUCAUUUUCAUUCUUUUAGCCACAACAGGUAUUAAUUACCUUUGAAUAUUUAUGUAUAACAUUUUACUAUAAAUUUAUCCUAAAAUCACCACUGCAGAAUCGUCUGCACAUUUAUUUGGUGCAGGUCUUCCUGACGCAACCUAGCACUGACAUUCUGAAAACCCAUUUACAAUUACUUAUAUUUAACCCACUUAAUUAAGCAUUCAAAUUGUUCUCUAUAUUUAAACAUGAGUGUUAUUGUUGCAUAUCACUUUUUAUAAUUCAUUAAUAUCUCUAAUGUGUGCUGUUAUCACAUUGUAAGUCUCAUUCCUGUCCUCAUUUAGGAACAUGUUAUCUGUCAAAAUGUUUAAUUUAGUUUUGUAUCUUAUAAUAUACUGUUUUGUUUCUCUUAAUACUACUAUUCUUUAAAUCGAGUUGGUGUGUCAAUCUCUUUAUUAUUACAAUGUGCUUAUUGCUGUGUUUUUCUAAACUUGCUAAAAUAUUAUACAGUACUUUAAAUCACAAUAAAAUCAAUGAAAACCUGU